GUCAUAGGACGAUAUAAAUUCGAACUCGUAUUGAGCAAACAAACUGAACGAAAAUUUCGACAUUCCACCGGUGGCCGUAUCGUUAUAUAUUUUUGUAUUCCUUCGCAGUCGCAGUCGCAGCCAUGUCCACGGCGAAGCACCAAUAUGGGUCGACUGUGCGCCACACGAUUGUGGAACGGUCCAACCGGCCGGUUGUCAACCGGAUGUUGCGCUCCGCCCGACUGGACUCCCUCGUGGCACAGAAUUUGACCAAGCCCUUCAAGUCGAAGACGACGGAGGUGAAGACCCAGCUCAUGCAAAAGGAACGCUCCUCCAGCACUGGGAUGAGUGGUUUUUCCAAGCUGACCUAUCGGGACGGACUGGCGGGCAAGGACUACUGGAACGCGGCCAUCGAGGAUGUGGAGUUCGCCGCCGCCUGCCGCUUCCAGCCGCGCAUUCCCGUCAUCGACUACUCCCUGGUCCUGCCACAACGUCUUCGCGAGAGGGUGAAGCGCAUCCAGAACUAUGACUACUCCAAGUCCGACGACGACAUCUACAUCCGGGACGAGAUGCAGGAGGUGCGGCCCGAGGACUACAUGAGCGCCAGCAGUUCCGAGAGGAGCGAGGAGGAGGAGGAACCAGUGCUCCUUGACAUCGGCCGAAAGAAAGUGGAGGAGUACUUCAAUGAGAGCGAUCACUCGGACAUUGUGCGCAUGGAGCACGAGUUCGAAAAGUUCGAUCUGAAGCUGGACGAGCCGGUGGGUCACACCCAUCGCAAAGUGGACAAAACCAGUUGGUACGCAAAGUUCCUCUGUGCCCCGCGAGAUAAACGGGUCAGCUGGCAGAGUCGCGUCGAACAUCCCGGCCAGAACUACUCCAUGGUGACGCUGGACGAGCAGGCCGAGAAUCUCAUGGAUGCGUCGGCGGAACGCUUUGUUGAGUGGCUAAACUCCUUUGGAACUUUGGAGAGCAACCUGACUCCGGAGAAGGUGAAGAACCUCUUCUCCAUCAAGGGAGAUCGCACAUUGUUGGCCUCGGUGAAGACCGAUCCCAAGGAGGUGAAUGCCAUAGCCCAGACUGUGGCCGAUAAAUGGAACAAGCCGCAUAUGGCCAUUGAGCUGAAGUACGAGAAGCACAUCAACGAUCACGCUUCCCGGGUGAACCAGAAGCCAAUCCUUAGUGCCUUUGGACGCACUGUGCCGCUGAAGGAUCGCCCCUGGCUGAAGCGAUCGAAUGACACCGCCAUCAAGACGGUUUAUCCGGAGGAGCUGCUGACCCGCGAGAAGAUCUUCAAGGGCAUCACCCACCUGCGCAGCACCACUGCCCUCAUAGACUUCUAUCUGGGCCAUCCGGAGUUGGAACGGCCCCAGUAUCUCCUGCAGAGCGGCGACUUCGAGGAGUCCAGUGCCAGUGUGUCUGAGGUGGAGAUUCCCCUCUACGAACUCCUGGGAUUGCGUUAUUAAUCCUUACUAAUCAUUAUGUUCACUCUUUAAAUUGUCAGUUUGCUAUAUGCCGAUGUAUGUAAUCCAAUAACGUUUAAACUUUGAAAAUUAUUAAAGGCAAAAAAUAAGUGAUUAUACUUA